AUGAGCCAUUAUAAUUCAAACGACGAUAAACCCCAGAUAUCUGCUGCAUUUUUCUAUGGCACACUAAUGAAACAAGAGGUCCUAGCAAAAUAUGCUUUUGGGUUAUCAAUUCUUCCAAAGUCUUCAAAUAUUGUCAUAAAUAAAGCAAGCCUUCAAAAGUACAAAAAAUAUCACGUUCGAGAGGAAAAUUAUCCAGCAAUAAUUUUUGACGAAAAAUCAUCUGUCAAUGGAGUGUUAGUCUACAAUCUUACAAAAAAAAAUAUUGAAAUGCUCGACGAGUAUGAAGGCGAUGAAUAUGAACGUAAAUUUUUGACAGUUUAUGAUCACAAUUUAAAAGAAAAUGUCAAGGCAGAAUGCUAUGUUUGGAUUGAUGCAGUAGAUCGCUUAGUAGAUCUUGACAUAGAAUAUUAA